AAAGAGCAGGGGGGGAGACAAAGUGUAAGUCCAAUGAUUGGACAGCAGCAGCAGCAGCAGCAGCAGCAGCCACAGGGUGAUUACAGUGGACAGGUGAGGGCAGGAGAUAGAAAGGUCAAUGGUCAACUGAGCAGGUGAGGAACCUGAGAAGGAGAAAAAGGAGGAGCAGGAGAAAAGGAAGAAAGAAGGAGGAGGAGGAGACUGUAGGAAAACCCGAUCCUCGUUCAACGGAAAUUCAAGAAUCUGUCUACGCAUCAGACCUGGGUAUAAAAGAGUGAGUGAGCUGACGGUGGACACCACUGAGGCUCACUACCACCACCACCACCACCACCUGCUGCUGCUGCUGCUCUGGGGCUGACAGAAGAACCAACAGUGAACCAACAUGUCGCUCACUUCCAUCCUCUCAGCUGAUGCCAUUGAAAAAGCCGUCAAGGACUGUCAAGCCCCAGACUCUUUCUCCCACACAAAGUUCUUCGCGGCCUGUGGUCUGUCCUCCAAGACACCCAAAGAGAUCAAAGAUGUCUUCCACAUCCUGGACGAGGACAAGAGCGGCUUCAUCGAGGAGGCGGAGCUCAAGUUCUUCCUGCAGCGGUUUGUACCUGGCGCUCGGACACUGACCGAUGCAGAAACCAAGAGCAUCCUCAAAGCAGCUGAUGAUGACAGCGAUGGCAAAAUUGGAGCAGAGGAGUUCCAUACUUUGGUCAUGUCCUGAGUUCUUCAGGUCUUCGCUCGUCUCCUCAGGUCUGGAGUCCCAGCAUCCAAUUCCCAGGGAUUUUCUUUUCAUUUCUAAUGUAGCAACUCUGUGUUAAUGUUUUGAAAUGACUUGUUGUCCGUUCAAAGACAAUAACAAAUGCUUGUCUUUGUUUUCCUGUCUGUGCACAUUCCAUCUUUGACAAUAAAUGAGUUGAAAUAAAUAUGAGAAAAAAUUAAAUGUGUUUUCAUGAGUAUUUAUUAAUAAUUUUGAAGAACCCUCUUUGAAGUUAAAAUGAGAUGAUUGUGAGCUUUACAAUUCAUACAAUAUUGGUAUCUAAAUCUAAAUAAUGACACAUAUAUAUGUAACAUCUGUUGUCAAGAACAUUGUAAAUCUAUUAUUAAAAAUUGUUUUACAAAAAUCAU